UAAGCAUUCAUCCCCAGGACCCGAUUUGCGGAUGGCCUCACGAAGUCUAUCUCCAUUGUCAUCGGCAUCAAAACUCUGCAGUCGCUGUGGCCAAGCAGAUGAGCCGAAGAUGGCUGCCACCACCUUCAGCUCCUCUCCCUCCAAGGUUACUACUGCCAAACUAGGAGGAGGCGUCACCAGAUCUUCCUCGCCAUACACGCAGCUCACCUUCUGCUCGAGGCAUCACUUCCAGAAGGCGGCGACGACAGCGGCGGCCUUCCACCACAAGCCUCCCCCGGCCGAGCUGUCCCUUCUGCUCUCGCCGGCGAGGAGCAAGCAUGCAAGAACGUGCCCGGCCGCCGACAACGACCGCGCGGCGCCCGCGGCACAGGAAGCAACAAACACGCCUCCGCCGCCGGCCGCGCCCAGCGCCAACGGCAGCCCGCCCCAGGAGCCGCCGAAGCGGGCGCCACUGACGGCGCGGGAGCGGCUGCGCGCGGCGCGCGUGCUGGGCAAGUACGCGGAGCCUGGGGGCUCGUCUCCGAAGGGCAAGGCCUCGGCGGCGUCGGCGGCGGCUGGGGCGGCAGGGAAGAAGCCGGAGUUCGGGAGCCGGGUGCUGGACGCGCUCCGGGAGACGGACGGGAAGGCCGGGAAGAAGCGGUCGUCGCGGCUGCCCGAGGCGCCGAGCAACAUGUUCGACGACAGCAAGCGCGGCCUGCCCAAGGAAGGGUGGACGUUCGAGGCGCUGCCGUUCGGCACCGACGUGAUCGUCAUCGCCGCCUCCUUCACGCUCAUCACCGUCGUCAUGUUCGGCACCACGUACCUCGUCUGGAAGCUCGGCGCCAUUCACUUCAACGAGUUCUAGGCUACGUACUAUCACUCACACAAUGAGCUCGCUAGAUUUGUGGGUCUUUGGGUGAUGAAAUCGCGUUGGAUUUGUAGCUGCCUUUUGCGGUGCUUUGAUCAGAUACUCGUGUGAUAUUGUACUGAACUGCCGGCUUUGGUUUUAAGGGUGGAUUUUGGAACAUCGUUGUACGAAUCGAUAGUUUACUUAAUAUAGUUAUUAUUCUACUAA